AUGGGGGGCAAUGAGAGAUCCAAGCGAGGCUGGAAACUGCAUUUAAAGAACUGGGAAUUCAAACUCGCAUUCUUCAUUAUUGCUUAUUUCGUUUUUGCCCAUGUUGUCUUGGAAAAUACCUAUACCUUGUCCGAGAAGGGGUUGGCGAGUCAUUUGAAAGUUAUUCCAGAAGAGGCGAUUGACUUUUACGACCAGUCGCCGUUGCAAAACCCCGAUAGACUAGCGUACAUGCAAUAUGCGACCAACUAUGACUAUUUGAAUUUGGCCAUUUUGAAUUUUGUUCAGCUCCGCCAGGCCAAUACGCAAGUGCCCAAUUUGGUGAUCUUGUACGACCAGAUUCUUCAAUUCUACGCUAGUAAUCGAUGGAGCAAACUAUACGAAGUUGCCAAUUUCCACAAUAUAACCUUGCGGUCGAUGGAGCUUAUCAAGACGAAUUAUAAUGACGAUUCGCCAUGGGCAGCCUCGUUUACGAAAUUGCACAUUUUCAAUCAAGACGACUUUGACAGGAUUGUGUUUUUUGACUCGGACUCGAUGUUUGUGAAUGCAACACUUGCCAACGAAGGGGAUGAAGAUAGUUCUGAUGACUUGCCUCAGAGGAAUGGCAAUUGUCACAUUGACGAAUUGUUCAAAAUCCCCAUGGAGUUUGAUUUUGCUUUACCACAGGCGUACUGGUUGAACAACGUGGUUGAGGGAAAAGAACGCCUCAAGUAUAGGCAAAAAGUUGACAUCCCUAAUGCUCAAAGACGAAGAUUACGAAUGAAGAAACUAGUCAGUGAGCUACCUAGCAAAGGUUGGCAGCUGCUUCCCCUGUUGAUUUACGAGCAGCAUAAAUUCGAUAAUGUCGACAAUUUCUUUGCCAACCACGUCAUGGUGGUUCAGCCCUCGAAGAAGCUCUUCAGCGAGAUCAUCAAGUAUGUGCACAACCCGUUCUAUUGGACACUCACCAAUAGGCGAAACAUGCGGAAACCAACCGACUAUGACAUGGAGGUGAUCAACAAGUACCUCAACAGCGAGCUACACAAGGGCGCGAUCAAUGUGGGGAUACUCCCACAUAGAGUAUAUGGAGUCUUGACAGGCGAGUUUGGCGAAGAAUGGCACGAACGUUUUGUGGUGGAUCCCCAGUACCUACCUUUUAUCAAGAAGCGCUCCAACAAGGGCUGGGACCCGCUUUCCGUGCUCAGCCUGCUCAAACUAGUGCAUUUCUCCGAUAGUCCUAUUCCAAAACCGUGGGAAGAAGAAGGAGGAGAGCAGCCAUACGACUCAAAGAGAAUAUUUUGCAAAGAUGGGAACAUGAGUGAGUACGAGGAAAAGUACCCCCAUUUCAGGCCUCGGCUUACGGACGAUUGUGCCAGCGUCGCGAUAUGGGCCUGGCUAAGGACCCAGUUUCAUCGAAGCAGAAGCAAUUUGUGGUUUGCCGGUUGA